AUGAGUGUUGCGAAUAUCGAAAUCGAGGAGUUCAACGAAAGCUUUGACGACUUGCUGCUCGACAACGACAAUGAAGCUUUCGGUGGUUUAGAUGGCGACGAUAUGGCUCCUGUGGGUGUUUCUGACACUGAUGAUUCCGACUCUGGAAUCUCAGAUGGUGACUACGACGAACGAGCAGAGAAUAUACCGAUGAAUGAUGCUCAAACGUAUGACAGAUGGGCCUUUUCCGAGCCCGUCGGAAGCAGUCCAGAGGUUUAG